UUAGUCAUUCGACGCCGGAUUGUCGUCCAGUUUAAACCUACAUAUGCAAUGAUACAGUGUUUACAUAUGUUUUAUAUUGUUUCGACAUGCGUGUUUCGUCAAUAAUUUUAUUCUCAUGUUUUUUGUACUAUUGUGAAUCUUACGAUAUGAUCAUCGGUGAUACUGUGCACAGAAAAAUGGUAUUCCAUCAGAGGGUCAAGGAUUUCGCGAUACCAUUUAAAAAGAGAAUAAAAGUUUUAACGUACACAGAUCCGGAGAAAAGAAUCAUUAAGGGUAUAGCUGCUAUAGAUAAUGACUUUUCACACGCCAGCGCGAAUAUCACGGAUGGAGGAGUCGGUUUCUCACAUGUCACAGUCAGAAUGAAAAGUCAAAGGCAUCACCCGUUGAAUUUUGAAGUUGAAAUAUAUGUGUGAAAGGGCAAAAUGUGGACUUUGGUGUUUGAAACAUUGAUCGAGACAGAUUUGGUUUGAAAACUUAAACGUUUGUUGUAAUAAACAUACGACGCGAGACGUCUAUUUGUGUAUCGCAAUCCACUAUUAUUUGUUUAAUAUUCAUUAUUGUAUUGUUCGGAUUGGUAUUGUUUAUGUAUUGUAGUAUUAUUUUUUAUCUUCUCUUCGUGAAAAUGUAUGCUAAUAAUCUUUAUCAUCUUCAUUAUGAUAAAACAUAUUUCUCAAUAACUGGAAUGUAGGUACUUAUCUUCGAAGUAUCUUCCAUUUUUCAUUGUAUUUUUUACUACAAUUAUUUAUUUAUCUUUUUAUGCUACUUUCAAAUUAUAAAGUUAUCAAAAUGUACUAAAUGGACUUCGGUACAUUAUAAAUCCUCUGUUUA